CGGAGCGUGCUGCCAUGGCGCUGGCCAGGCCCGGGACCCGGGACCUCAGGCCUCCGGCCCCUCUCUUGCUGCUGCCGCUGCUCUGGGCCCCUGCCCUCGCCCUCCUGGCCGGAACGGUGCCUCCGGAGACCCUGAGCACCUGUGCCUCAGACCCAUGUGCUCCAGGGACCCAGUGCCAGGUGACGGAGAGUGGUGGCUACACCUGUGAGCCCACGGAGCCCCAGGGCUGUGCCACCCAGCCAUGCCACCACGGCGCUCUGUGUGUGCCCCAGGGUCCAGAUCCUAACGGCUUCCGCUGCUACUGCGUGCCCGGGUUCCAGGGCCCCCGCUGCGAGCUGGACAUCGAUGAGUGCGCGUCCCGGCCCUGCCACCACGGGGCCACAUGCCGCAACCUGGCCGAUCGCUACGAGUGCCACUGCCCCCUCGGCUAUGCAGGCGUGACCUGUGAGGCGGAGGUGGACGAGUGCGCUUCGGCGCCCUGCCUGCACGGGGGCUCGUGCCUGGACGGCGUGGGCUCUUACCGCUGCGUGUGUGCGGCGGGCUACGGGGGCGCCAGCUGCCAGCUGGACCUGGACGAGUGCCAGAGCCAGCCGUGCGCGCACGGGGGCGUGUGUCACGACCUGGUCAACGGGUUCCGGUGCGACUGCACGGACACGGGCUACGAGGGCGCGCGCUGCGAGCAGGAGGUGCUGGAGUGCGCGUCGGAGCCCUGCGCCCACAACGCCUCCUGCCUCGAUGGCCUUGCGAGCUUCCGCUGCCUCUGCUGGCCAGGCUACAGCGGCGAGCAGUGCGAGGUUGAUGAGGACGAGUGUGCGGCGGACCCCUGCCAGCACGGGGGCCAGUGCCUGCAGCGCUCAGAUCCGGCCCUCUACGGGGGCGACCAGGCCACCUUCCCGGGCGCCUUCAGCUUCCGCCACGCUGCCGGCUUCCUGUGCCGCUGCCCCCCGGGCUUUGAGGGGGACGACUGUGGCGUGGAUGUGGACGAGUGUGCCUCAAGGCCGUGCUUCAAUGGAGGCCGCUGCCAGGACCUGCCCAAUGGCUUCCAGUGCCACUGUCCAGAUGGCUACACAGGCCUGACAUGUCAGGAAGAUGUGGACGAAUGCCUGUCGGAGCCCUGCCUCCAUGGUGGGACCUGCGAUGACACCGUGGCGGGCUACAUCUGCUGGUGCCCGGAGGCCUGGGGUGGGCAUGACUGUUCUGUGCAGCUCACUGGCUGCCAGAACCACACUUGCCCGCCGGCUGCCACCUGCAUCCCCACCUUCGAGUCUGGGGUCCACAGUUACACCUGCCACUGCCCACCUGGUACCCAUGGACCUUUCUGUGGCCAGAAUACCACCUUCUCCGUGGUGGCUGGGAGCUCUCUGCGGGCCUCAGUGCCAGCUGGUGGCCCCCUAGGGCUGGCACUGAGGUUUCGCACCACGCUACCGGCUGGUGCCUUGGCCACCCGCACUGACACCCAGGACAGCUUGGAGCUCAUGCUGGCGGGGGCCACGCUUCAGGCCACACUCUGGAGUCACGGCAACACUGUGCUUGUCCUGAGGCUGCUGGACCUGGCCCUCAAUGACGGCCACUGGCACCGAGUGGAGGUGACGCUCCGCCUAGGGGUCCUGGAGCUGCGGCUCUGGCACGAGAGCUGCCCUGCCCGGCUCUGUGUGGCCUCCAGUCCUGUGGCCCCGGCUCCUACAGCUUCCGUGGCCCCGACGCCUGUCGGGCUCCGCUCUGCCCAGCUGGGUGGCGCGGCCUUUGCAGGCUGCCUCCAGGACGUGCACGUGGACGGGCACCUCCUGCUGCCUGAGGAUCUCGGCGAGAACAUCCUUCUGGGCUGCGAGCGCCGUGAGCAGUGUCAGCCUCCGCCUUGUGCCCACGGAGGGACCUGCGUGGACCUGUGGACUCACUUCCAUUGCGACUGUCCCCGGCCUUAUAGUGGUCCCACAUGCGCUGAUGAGGUUCCUGCUGCCACCUUUGGCUUGGGGGGCACCCUGAGCUCUGCCUCCUUCUUGCUCGACCAGCUGCCAGGCCCCAACCUCACUGUGUCCUUCCUCCUGCGCACUCGGGAACCUGCUGGCCUGCUGCUCCAACUUGCCAACGACUCAGCUGCUGGCCUGACCGUGUUCCUGAGCGAGGGCCAGAUCUGGGCUGAGGCGCUGGGCAAUCCUGCUCUGGUGCUGCCCGGGCGCUGGGAUGACGGGCUCCGCCACCUGGUGACGCUCAGCUUCGGCCCUGACCAGCUGCAGGGCUUGGGGCAGCAGGUGCACGUGGGUGGGAGGCUCCUCCCUGCUGACGCCCAGCCCUGGGGUGGGCCCUUCCGAGGCUGCCUCCAGGACCUGCGACUCAAUGGCCUCCACCUCCCCUUCUUUCCGCUGCCACUGGGGAACUCAAGCCAGCCGGGUGAGCUGGGCAGCAGGCAGUCCUGGAACCUCACCAUGGGCUGCGUCUCCGAGGACACGUGCAGUCCUGACCCCUGUCUCAAUGGUGGGACUUGCCUAGUCACCUGGAAUGACUUCCAUUGCACCUGUCCUGCCAAUGUCACGGGGCCCACGUGUGCCCAGCAGCUGUGGUGUCCUGGUCAGCCCUGCCUCCCGCCUGCCACCUGCGAGGAGGUCCCGGAUGGCUUUGUGUGUGUGGCCGAGGCCACGUUCCGCGAGGGACCCCCGGCCGCAUUCAGCGGGCACAACGCGUCGUCGGGGCGCUCGCUCGGCGGCCUCUCGGUCGCCUUCCGCACGCGGGACCGCGAGGCCGGGCUGCUGCGCGCGUCCGCGGGCGUCCCCGCCGCCGUCUGGCUGGCCGUGCGCAACGGCUCGCUGGUGGCCGGCGUGCGCAGCGGCCGCGGCCUGCCCGGGGCAGUGCUGCCCGCGCCCGGGCCGCGCGUGGCCGACGGCGCCUGGCACCGCGUGCGCCUGGCCAUGGAGCGCCCGGCGGCCGCCGCGUCACGCUGGCUGCUGUGGCUGGACGGCGCGGCGACGCCCCUGGCGCUGCGCGGCCUGGCCGGGGACCUGGCCUUCCUGCGUGGCCCGGCCGCCGCGCGCGUCCUGCUGGGCGAGAACUUCACGGGCUGCUUGGGCCGCGUGGCGCUCGGCGGCCUCCCGCUGCCCCUGGCGCGCCCCCGGCCCGGCGCGGCCCCCGGCGCCCGGGAGCACUUCCUGGCCUGGCCCGGAGCGCCCGCCCCGCGCCUCGGCUGCCGCGGCGCGCCGGUGUGUGUCCCCUCGCCCUGCCUGCACGGCGGCGCCUGCCGCGACCUCUUCGACGCCUUCGCCUGCGCCUGCAGCCCGGGCUGGGAGGGCCCGCGCUGCGACGCCCGCGCCGACCCGUGUCGCUCGGCGCCCUGCGUCCCCGGCCGCUGCCACGCGCGCCCCGACGGCCGCUUCGAGUGCCGCUGCCCGCCUGGCUUCGCGGGCCCGCGCUGCAGGUCUGUCCUGCCAGAGGGGUGCGGCCUGAACUCCACCUGCCUCAGUGGUGGCCCGUGUGAGGGGGGGCCCCGGGGGACCAACUGCAGCUGCCAGCAGGGCUUUGCUGGCCACAGGUGUCGGAUGCCCUGUGAAGCCAACCCCUGCUUGAAUGGGGGCACCUGCCGGGCCUCUGGUGGGGUGUAUGAAUGUCUCUGCAACGCAAGGUUCUCAGGCCAGUUCUGCGAAGUGGUGAAGGGCCUGCCGCUGCCGCUGCCGUUCCCGCUGCUGGAGGUGGCCGUGCCUGCAGCUUGCGCCUGCCUUCUCCUCCUUCUCUUGGGCCUCCUCUCAGGGAUCCUGGCGGCCAGAAAGCGCCGCCAGUCAGAGGGCACCUACAGCCCGAGCCAGCAGGAGGUGGCCGGGGCCCGGCUGGAGAUGGACAGUGUCCUCAAGGUGCCGCCCGAGGAGAGACUCAUCUAGGCCUGUGGCUGCUGGCUCCGGCACCCACGAGGUCCGGAACGGUUCCUCCUGGAAGACCCAGGAGGCCGCUUCUAGGAGCCUGCGGGGAAGGCUUGCCCCUUCCCGGCCUUGGGGAGCUGCUGCAGAGCCCGGGAUACCCACUGCGGAAGCGACCCCUUGGCUGGCAGCCCCAUCGUGGACUGAGGAAAAGGGGGCACUCAGGGAAGCAGAGAGGGGCCGGCGAGGUCGUGGACUUCACCGUUGGACCCGCUUGGUCUUGCCUGCCGUGCAGGGGAGGGGCGUACGUGGGUGUGUUCAGGAGUGUGUGUGUGUGUGUGUGUGUGGAUCUGGGGAGUGUUGAUCUGCAGAUACCAGUGUGAGUGUUCUGGAUGGGGCUCAUGGGCGUGUCCGAGUCUUUGCUGUGUGUGAGCCUGACGGUCUAGUGGGCGCUGGUGAUCCCACAGAGGGGGCAGCUGGGCCAUGGGGACCGCCUCACAGCCCUGGGGCAGGGGCAGCCCCAGGUCACUCGUUCUCCAGGAGGCCAGGCCAGGGCUUGCCCAAGGACCAAAGCCCCAGCUCCUGAAUCUGCCUCGAGGCAGCUGGAAAUCACGGGGAGGCGGUUAGCCAGAGGCUGUGUGGGCUCCUGGCUUCCAGAACAAAUGCUCCUUCAGGCUGAUCUGUCUCUGCCCUGUGCCGGAGCCAGGCGCGUGCGGAACGCGGGCCACGUCCAGGGCAGACCUGCAGGAGCAGGGGACGGGCUGCCCUGAGCUGUCCACCUUGCCGUGGGGCGUCUGGGCUCCGUGCGGCCUUCCUCCUCUGGGCCGUCACUUGUGGAGUGGGGAAGGCAGCCUGCCUGCCUCACAGGGCUGUCGUGAGGAGCAGCAGCGAUGGUAAUGGGAAGGAACUCUGGAAGCUGCUAAACUACGGUCCGCUGUGAGGGGCUUCCAGGUCGUCCUUUGAGGUGUCGGGAAGGGUUGUCUCCCCAGCCAGUGUUGAGGGAAAGAGCGGGGAAGGGGUCUCCCUGAGGGGCAGCUAGGUCAGCGGGCGAUGAGGAUGAAGGAGCAACCCCCUCCCCCCCACUUCUGGUUCUCCAGCUCCACCAGCGCCAGCGCCCUCCUCUCACAGCUGCCUGGUGAGGCCAUUCCUUCAACUGCAGACCAGUCCCCUCUCUAAUGGCUGUUGGGAGGAUCUGGGGAGAGGACUCGUAGGAAGCCCUCUUUGUUUGCUGAGCACCUGUGCUCAGCAAACUCUGGCACCACCUCUUUGUGUUGGGGCUGGUCCUGUAGACAGACAGGUGCAGGGGAAGAAUUGCUGCUUUACUUCCAGUCCUUUCCCUGAUGAUGCCAUCACACUGGGCUCUCUGAUCCCAGAGGGGCACCCGCAUGAGGGCCUGGCCUCUGAGCUUCACAGGGUCCCUUUGUCCCUAACCUGCAGAUGUGCCCUUUGGUCCUUCCUGUUUCCCAGGCCAGCACCUCCCGUGCCAAGGCCAGGAGACCCCUUUCCACUUUCAGAUUGGAGGUUGACUUACCCAGCUCCCCUCGGGGGUCUCAGCCAGCUUCCAGAGGCACAGGAGUCAAGCCAGGUGGAGCCAUGUGGCGAGGGGGGCUGAGACUGGGAUAGGAAGGGCCCUAAACACUGCGUUAAGGGGCUUGCUUGGUCCUUAUCCCGUAGGAGGUGGGACCACCUUCCCCCCCAACCUUCUCCAUGACUCCUGGGGAAGGGGGGAAGCAUCUGGUACCAACAGCUUAGCCACAGCUGGUGCCUUGGUUAGUUUAUUGUCAGGAAUUUGGCAAAACUUUCUUGCAAACUCCUAAGACAUUUUAUGUGGAACCCCGAAAUGUAAAAGCGGGGCUGCUCUUUUUUGGGGAGCCCUAUGUUGUCCUCUCUUGUCCUAAAGGUUCUGGGCACCUGGCAUUUUCAAGAGCAGCCUGGGGCGGGGAGCAUACGGCCAGAUGAUGGGCGAUGGGGGUGACUGGGUGUGUUUAACGCCCCCUCUGGGUGCUUGGUCCAGAUCUCCCUUCCCAACACAAACGUCCAACAGGGGUGCAGGUUCCAAAGCUCUGCCCUUGCUAAUGAGAGAUCUGUGGGGGUGAAUUUCUGGGUGUCCCCUCGAACUUGUUCUUUCCUGGAGCCUGGGUGCGCUCAACAUCAUCGGUGACCCACAGCCCUGCUCCGUGGACCUGGCAGGCCUGUGCACGCCUGUGAGCAGCUCACGCCCCAUGCACUGCUGGUGAGGGGCAGAGGCUGGGCUUGGGAGUGGGUCAGGGGUCAAAUCCUUUCCUGAUCGCUCUGAGCCCCGGCCUCCACCUCUACAGAAGGGGCUGCUGAAGAUGACUGAGACCCCCUCCCCCCAGAGCUUCCUCAGGACACAGGGAUACCAGCCUUCUCCCCAAGAAGAUUUUAUUGAAUGCACACACAAAAUUCAUCCUUGGGUUUGCAAAUUCAGUCCAGCAAGUGAAGAGACAGCAGUGCUCACGUAAAUGUGGAGUGCUCGCCACCAGCCCCCAGCACAGCGAGGGAGACCAUGGUGUGGACUCUGUUUUCCUGGGGCCGCCUGGUGCCUCUUGUCUCAUACUCUGCCCCCCAGGUGGGCUGCCCCGGCCCUGAUGGGGCUUGGGGGUUUGCCCAGGGUGGGUGCAUCUGGAAUCUGACAAAACACCUGGGUGUCCUAGAGGUGGCCACAUGGCCCAGACAUGACAUGGCUCCCACCCACCACCCCCAGCAGCCAGAGACACUGUGCAGAUUUAAAGAGAAGACUUGCCCGAGGGGCUGUGAUUGACUUAGGAGGGGGCUGCGUGCUGGGCCAGCAGCUCUUCACACCCCACGUCAGGGCAGACCUUGGGCCAACCCUGCAGGCCUCACUGACCCACAGUGGGGGUGGCCUCCCAGCCCCUCAGACACUGACAAAGCUCCCUGGGGUGAUGGGGGCCUCCAGGGACCCCCCCUUGCCCUGUCAGACACCUCUGAGGCUGUGUGUCUGACCAUUCACAAAUAGGAAAUGAGAAAUCAGGUCAAAAUGCU